AUGGGAAUCAAAGGUUCCAAGCCGAAACUGUCCAAGGAGGACUUGGAGUUUUUGAAGAAGAACACCAAUUUCACCGAGGAGCAAAUCAAAGAAUGGUAUAAGGGAUUCGUGCAAGAUUGCCCUAAAGGUCAUUUGACCAAGGAGCAGUUCAUCAAAGUCUACAAAGACUUCUUUCCGUCGGGCUCAGCAGAGGGCUUCUGCGAGCACGUCUUCCGCACAUUCGACACAGACAACUCCGGGUUUAUCGAUUUCAAGGAGUUCCUGCUGGCUAUCAAUGUGACGAGUUCCGGAACACCAGAACAGAAACUGGAAUGGGCGUUCCGAAUGUACGAUAUUGAUGGAAACGGUACAAUAGACGAGAAGGAGAUGAUCAAGAUUAUUGAGGCGAUCUAUGAAAUGUUGGGUCCCGAAGUGACAAAGUCCGCUGACGAUUCUCCAAGGAAGCGCGCCAAGAUGAUUUUCGAGAAGAUGGAUGUGAAUAAUGAUAAGGAGCUGACACUCAAAGAGUUCGUCGACGGCUGUCUCGCCGACAAGGAGCUCUUCCAGAUUUUGACGAACGAAGUCAAAAAGUAG